CGGGCACUCACCACGGCGCCCACCAACCAUGCUCAGACCUCGCACUGUCCGCCCACUAGCCCGCGGACUGGCACACGCUUCGUCCGCCCUCACAACCCCAGCGCCAUGCACCGGUAGAAGACUGGCAUCGACCGUGGCCGAGGAAAAGGACCCCGUCGAGCUCGACCAGAUCACGACCCUCCCCAAUGGCAUCCGCGUCGCCACCGAGGCCCUGCCCGGUCACUUCUCCGGCAUCGGCGUCUACGUCGACUCGGGCUCGCGGUACGAGAACGAUGCGCUCCGAGGCGUGAGCCACAUUGUCGACCGCCUCGCCUUCAAGUCCACGCGCUCGACGACAGGCGACCAGAUGGCCGAGAAGCUCGAGUCGCUGGGAGGGAACAUCCAAUGCGCCUCGUCGAGAGAGUCGCUCAUGUACCAGUCGGCCACCUUCAACUCGGCCGUCCCCAAUGCUGUCGGCGUGCUCGCUGAGACAAUACGGGACCCGCGCAUCACCGAAGACGAGGUGCAGCAGCAGCUGGAGACGGCCGACUACGAGAUUGGGGAGAUCUGGAGCAAGCCCGAGCUGAUCCUGCCCGAGCUGGUACACAUGGCCGCAUACCGCGACAACACGCUGGGCAACCCACUGCUGUGUCCCAAGGAGCGCCUGCCCUUCAUCAACCGGGACGUCGUCGAGGCCUACCGCAAAGAAUUCUACAAGCCCGACAGGAUAGUCGUUGCCUUUGCUGGCGUCGACCACAACGAGGCCGUGCGCCUCACAGAAGAGUACUUUGGCGACAUGGAAAAAGGGACGGGCCCAUCGCUCAUCGGCGCCGGCGAGGACAGCACAAUAACCAGUUCCACCUCGCAGCAACAACCCUUCACAGCCGACCACCCCACCCCCACCGGCGCACCCCCACAAACCUCCACCCUCCUCUCCAAGAUACCCUUCUUCAAAAACCUCUCCACAUCCGCCACCUCCAACGCCUCCAUCACCACCACCCCCGACCUCAACUUCCCCCCAAUCGACACAUCAACACCCUCCCACUACACAGGCGGCUUCCUCCCCCGCCUCUCCCACAUCCACCUCGCCUUCGAAGCCCUCCCCAUCUCCUCCCCGGACAUCUACGCCCUCGCCACCCUGCAAACCCUCCUCGGCGGCGGCGGUUCCUUCUCCGCCGGCGGCCCCGGAAAAGGCAUGUACUCGCGCCUCUACACCAACGUGCUCAACCAGCACGCCUGGGUAGAAUCCUGCAUCGCCUUCAACCACAGCUACACCGACAGCGGCCUCUUCGGCAUCGCAGCCUCGUGCGCCCCCGCCCAAGUCGCACAAAUGCUCGAGGUCAUGUGUCGCGAACUCAAGUCCCUGGGCGAUGAAACGGGGUAUGCGGCGCUCAAACAGGGCGAGGUUCAACGCGCGAAGAAUCAGCUUCGCUCUUCGUUGCUUAUGAAUCUGGAGAGUCGGAUGGUGGAGUUGGAGGAUUUGGGGAGGCAGGUUCAGGUUCAUGGGCGGAAGGUGGGGGUUAGGGAGAUGUGUGGGAGGAUUGAGGAUGUGAACAUAGGCGAUUUGAGGCGUGUGGCGAGGCAGGUGUUUGGUGGGGAGGUGCGGAAUGUGGGGGAGGGGAGUGGGGCGCCGACGGUGGUGUUGCAGGAGGGUGAGCAGGAGGGGUUGCGCAGGAAGGAGUUUAGCUGGGAGGAUAUUCAGGGGAGGAUUGCGAGGUGGAAACUUGGGAGGCGGUAGGUGAGAGGGGGGUGUAUGAUAUUGUGGUUGGGUGGUUGCUGUAUGAUAUUAGAAUAUAGGAUUAUGAUUGUAUGUGUAAAGUACAUGCAUAUAAAAACUAUGUACUCUAAAGGAAAUUGUACAUGGAUUUACUUCUCAUUAAAUAUAAUACACGC